CCCAAAAACAUUUUCUUAUCUUCAUCGCUGAACCAGCACAAAUACAGUAGUUGCCCAUUCCUCGGUUUGUUUCCAGUUUCUACAAAAACCAGGUAAGAACCACGUCAAUUCUUUAAGGUCUCGACGGUUUAUAGCAGGUUCUUAUGUAUGAUUUCUUGCGGAAUCCCAAAUGACAGGUUCAUGCUAGUAAUGGAUAUUUCUUGAUUUUCUUGGUAAAGCUAGUUGUUGUUGUUUUGAAGAGGCAUGGCUUCUUUUUCUGCUGUUUGCAAUAACGGGUUCUUGAAUUUUAAACUGAACUCUGGAGUCAAUAAUGGAAAUACUAAAUCUUUGAAGAGAAAUUCAACUAUUUGUUACAGUCCAGUUUUGAUCCCUUCUUUGGGACUUUGCGGUGCUGGCAAACUCCAACAUUUUUUGCUUUGGAGGAGCAAGUUUAGGUCAUCAUUUUAUGAUGGAAAAACCGGGGUUCAUUUAUCGGGGUUUUGUGGUGGUUGUAAGUCUCAAAAUGGGAUGUCUUGUAAGAGCUCAUUUAGGCCAUUGAGCAGUGAAAAAAGUAGAGAUGAAGAGAGCCAUUUGAGGAAAAGAGGAAAUGGUAAUUUGAGGAAGAGGUUUUCACUUAGAUUGAAAACAAGACUGCGGCUAUUGAAGAUAAGAUUGAAGGGAGUUUCGAUUAGGUCGGUGUUGAAUGAUUUUGGAAUGUUCUUGAGAAGGAAUGUAAAAAGAAUGACACUUUACACUUCAAUUUCUGUUGCAUUGGGAAUGUGCUACUUGUUUUUGAGAUUAACUGCGUUGCCAUCUCCAAAGAUUGUUCCUUAUUCAGAAUUGAUAGCCAGCCUUCAAAAUGGCUACGUUACAAACGUCUUAUUUGAAGAGGGAUCUCGUCGUAUAUACUAUAACACAGGCUCUGUGGGCACUGAAAACUCAGAAGACAAAUCUUCAGUAUUAAAUCUUCCAAAUGAGAAUGCAGCUGAAACAGUUGCAAUAGAACGUGUUGUGAGCAAAACUGGUCUGGCAUCAAGGGUAGAUGUAUUUAAGAAAUUUUCAAGGCCACGAGCUUCCACCCCAGAGUGGCAAUUUUCUACAAGGAAAGUAGAUCGUGACGAGAAAUUUCUUCUUACUUUGAUGAGAGCAAAGGGAACAGCAUACAGCUCAGCCCCUCAAUCAAUUCUGAUGUCAAUAAGGAGUUUGCUUAUAACUAUAAUAUCUUUGUGGAUUCCCUUGACUCCUAUGAUGUGGCUCCUCUAUCGCCAACUUUCUGCUGCUAAUAGCCCAGCAAGAAAGAGGCGAUCAAAUAAUCAGGAAGUCACUUUUGAUGAUGUGGAGGGUGUUGAUGUUGCUAAGAUAGAACUCAUGGAGAUAGUUUUGUGUCUGCAAGGAGCAAUGAAUUAUCAAAAACUGGGAGCAAAGUUACCUAGAGGUGUAUUGCUGGUUGGUCCCCCAGGAACAGGGAAGACAUUACUGGCACGUGCAGUUGCUGGAGAAGCAGGAGUACCAUUUUUCAGUGUCUCUGCCAGUGAAUUUGUGGAGUUGUUUGUUGGUAGAGGAGCAGCUCGGAUUAGAGAUCUCUUUAAUGCAGCAAGAAAAUCUUCUCCGUCAAUUAUAUUCAUCGAUGAACUUGAUGCAGUUGGGGGAAAACGUGGUAGAAGUUUCAAUGACGAACGAGAUCAAACACUAAACCAGUUGCUGACUGAAAUGGAUGGUUUUGAGUCAGAAAUGAAAGUGGUGGUUAUUGCAGCAACAAAUAGGCCGGAAGCUUUGGAUCCAGCCCUUUGCCGGCCUGGUCGCUUUUCAAGAAAGGUAGUUGUUGGAGAACCAGAUGAAGAAGGAAGGAGAAAGAUCUUGGCUGUACAUUUGAGAGGGGUUCCUUUAGAUGAAGAUGCAGAUCUUAUCUGUAAUCUAGUUGCUUCAUUGACACCAGGCUUUGUAGGUGCUGAUCUUGCAAACAUCAUUAAUGAAGCUGCUUUACUUGCUGCUCGAAGAGGUGGAGACAUUGUGACAAGGGAAGAUGUAAUGGAAGCAAUUGAAAGAGCAAAGUUUGGAAUCGGGGACAGGCAACUAAGGCCCAGUACAAUAAGCAAAGAGCUGGGCAAAUUGUUCCCAUGGAUUCCUUCGUUGAUGGGAACGAUUGACACAAGACAGGAUGGUUUGCAAGGCUCUUUAGGUUACCAGACCCUGAGCUGAAAAGUAGGUUUUGUUUCAAUUUACUUUUACUGUGGUUACAUUUUCUUGUUUUUGGUUAUUUAGGUUUUUCUAGGGUCUAUAUGUACAAAAUUUUGAUGUCUAUUGAUAAAUUUACCACAAGAUAUAUAUUCAAAUUAGUGGAAUUGUCA